GUUAAUUGAAAACUUGCUGGCAUCACUUUCCGCUGCACUAUUGUGAAGUUGGAAUUACUUACGCGGCAGAAGAAGCACAAUAAAUUGAGCAAAAAAAUUAAUAAUUGUGUACGCAAUUAGCAAAUAUCUAUCAACUUUUGUUUAAAAUAAAUUAAAAUGGCUUUGCGUUGGGGUAUCGCUUCGGCUGGUAAAAUUAGCCACGAUUUCGCUGUGGGUCUGAGCACACUGCCAGCGAGUGAUCACAAACUUGUCGCCAUAGCGGCACGUCAACAGGAUCGUGCUGAAGAAUUUGCCAAGACACAUGACAUACCAAAUGCCUUUGGUAGUUACAAGGAGUUGGCACAAUUUGCUGAUGUUGAUGUUGUCUACGUUGGUGCCUUAAAUCCACAGCACUUGGAAAUCGCUUCACUCUUUCUCGAACAUGGCAAGCAUGUGUUGUGCGAAAAGCCGCUAUGCAUCAAUUACAAACAAUCCAAGCAAUUGACAGAUCUCGCGCAAAGCAAAAAGCUUUUCCUCAUGGAAGCAAUUUGGUCGCGUUUCUUCCCCGCCUACCAAUACAUACGUCAGCAAAUCAAGAAUGGCGCUUUGGGUGAGAUUAAAGAGGUGGAAGUCUCAUUUGGUUUCGACUUGAGCGCUGUCGAUCGUUUGACCAAAAAAGGUUUGGGUGGCGGCGUUGUGCUAGACUUGGGUGUCUAUACCAUACAGGCAUCACAAUGGGCCUUCCAUGAGGCACCACAAAAGGUCAUUGCCAAGGGUGAACUCAAUGAAGAUGGCGUGGAUAAAUAUGUGGAAGCUGAAUUGCAGUAUUCCGGUGGACGCGUUGGCAAGCUAACUUUCGGCGCCAAAGAAGAGUUGGCGAACAAGGCGAUCUUCAAGGGCACCAAAGGCGAAAUUACGCUCUUCAACUUCUGGAGCCCCACAAAACUGAUUGAUGUUGAUGGACAGGAGAAGGAAUGGCCACUACCGAAGGCUAAACUCUCUACAAACUACAAAAAUUCGGAAGGUUUGAGCUAUGAAGCCGAGGCCACACGUCAAACUAUUUUGAGCGGUAAAACCGAAAACGAAUUUGUCACACACAACGACAGUUUGAUUAUUGCCAGCAUACAGGAUGAUAUUAGACGUCAAAUUGGUGUGGUCUUCCCUGAAGAUCAGUAGUGAAGUAAAUGAAUUUAUAUUUUAUAUAUACAUGUAUACUUAUAUAUGCAUUUUUGUAUACCAAAUGUCUUUGAGACAAAAAUGCCUUAAUUAGUUUAUUAUUGUUGUUGUUUUUGUGCGAAAAAGUAAUAAACGAAGCUGUAUGCUUAGCAUAUAGUUACCUGACGCUAGAAA